AUGCAAGAAAAUGACUUGCUCAUUUUUGACAACCACAUGGGCUGGAGACCACCUGGAGCUCAUGCUAAUCUGCUCUAUCCUUGGAAGAUCAGCAGCAUUCUUGUCCAUGGGGUAAAGGAGCCCUGGAAACAGUGUAUUAUGAGUUGGGCUGCUAAUUGCAAAGACAAGCAUCUCGCAUUCACUGUGGAUUUGGAGGGCACAAUCAAAGUGUGGAAUUGUUCAGAUCGGGAUGCUCUAGCUGCCUACACCAUGUCUCAGCACUGUUAUUCCAUGGAAGCUCUUCUCACAAAGGGUGGUCCAUUCCUGAUGGUAGGUGAUCGUGAAGGUGGGAUCUACACAUUUACGGUGCCUGAUUUAACAUGUAUUUCUAGUGUUAAUAAACUUAGAUAUACUGUUGAACUUCUGAUCUGCUCUCCUAACCAGAAGUGGAUCUUUGCAUCUGGAUAUGAUGAACAUAUCUUUCCAAUGGUAUUUCUCACAGAGUGCUUACUGAAACCAUCAAAAGAUGACAUCCCUCUGUCUCUCUGUAUUUCCUCUUCAUGGUGCUGGAGCGCCUGCUGGGCCCUAAAGAAGACAAACAGGAUAGCAAUGAUCUUCAGAAGAGACUCUAGCAGAAGGAUACGAUUUACCACUUUUGACUUUACAACUGAGUGCUUGGUUGGCCAAACAGUCAUCCAAGCACAUAAGAUUACAAGUUUCAUGUUACCAAUUCAUAUGGAUGCUCCUAAUCAUUUUGGAAUCAAUGAUGGAAAUAUGAUUGUCUUUGAGAAUGGGCCAAGGUUACUCAUCUUCAUCAUCAAUGGCCUCCUGCUACAAGAAAUUAGAGCCCACCCGUUGAACAUCUGUCACUUAUGGAUGGAUCCUGUCCACAGUCUCACAACAACCAUGGAUAAUUCUCUUCAUGUAUUCAUGUGGGAGAAGGAAGGCUGCUAUCCAUACCUCAGGAAAUGUUGUCACCUGGAACAAGUGCCAGGUGAUCAGAAACCAAGCUGCUUCCCCCCCAAGGCAAUAUGUGACAACAUGAGCAUUGUUUGUGUGGUGACAAAAUAUUGUAAUUCCAGCAUUCUGCUGAUGCAUUCUAUUAGAACAUGGAAAAUAAUGGAAUGA